CGAGACUCUCCCUCUCUCAAACAGUUUCUCUCGCGCAUCCAACGGACUCGCAUCCCCUCAGCUCGGAGUAACGGUCGCCUGCUCAACGCUGAGGUACCCCAUGCCUGCUGCCAGCUGCCAGCAGGGAGGACUAUGAGGGUAGCAAACACCUCCACAAGACAAGGCUUUAACCUGGGCAGAUAGGACCAAAGACAGCUGCAGGCUACCUUGAGAUCAGACAAGAUGAGGACUUGGACCGUAUGCUUCUUAUGGGUGUGGGCGGCACAGAGCGUGGACGCCAUGGCAUUUUUAAAAGGGACAGUUGGGGAGGAAAAAGCGAGGGUAACGCAGGAAGAAAGAGAUGUGGAGACUCUGAGACGCUUCAAGAGAGGCUGGAUGUGGAAGCAGUUCUUUCUCCAGGAGGAAUACACUGGCAUGGAUAAUCAAUACAUCGGCAAGCUUCACUCUGAUCUGGAUCGAGGAGAUGGCACGGUGAUGUAUGUGCUCACAGGCGAAGGAGCUGGGACGAUCUUUGUGAUAGAUGCAAACUCGGGUGAUCUGCAUGCCACCAGGAGUCUGGACAGAGAGGAGAAGCCAUACUACACUCUCCGAGCCCAGGCUGUCAACAAGAAGAACGGCAUCCCCUUGGAACCGGAGACAGAGUUCAUUGUCAAACUACACGACAUCAACGACAACGAGCCGAAGUUCGAGAAGGAGGUUUAUACGGCUAACGUCCCUGAGAGGUCACACGUUGGCACCUCUGUUAUUCAGGUCACAGCACACGACGCAGAUGAUGAAAUGUUUGGCUUGAGUGCAAAACUUGUCUACAGCAUCAGCCAGGGUCACCCAUACUUCUCAGUGGAGUCAAAUACAGGCAUAAUCCGGACAGCCCUGGGGCCCUCGGACAUGGAUAGGGAGCAGAGGGAGCAUUACCAGGUGGUGAUUGAAGCCAAGGACAUGGCAGGCCAGAGGGGUGGCUUAACUGGCUCCACUACAGUCAAUAUCACCCUCACCGACGUGAACGACAACCCCCCACAAUUCUCACAAAGUAUCUACCAGUUCAGCAUCCCUGAGCUGGCCAAAGCUGGGGAAGUGGUGGGCCGAGUCCGAGCUGUGGACGCCGACAUCGGCAGAAACGCUGAGAUGGUUUUCACUCUGACCAGCGGGGAUGGCCUAGAUGUGUUCGAUAUAACCACGGAUAGAAACACCCAGGAAGGCAUCCUCACUGUCAAGAAGCCUCUUGAUUAUGAGAAAAAGAAGUUGUACACCCUGCAGAUCCAGGUGCGCAACACCCACCCAGACCCGCGGUUCGUAAGCGUGGACUCCAAAGACUCGGCCACAGUCAGGGUCAACGUGGAGGAUGUGGACGAGCCUCCUCGCUUUGAGCGCUCCAGUUACAUCCUAGAGGUCAAAGAAGAUGCAGCCGUGGGUACUGCCAUCGGCUCCGUCAGCGCUGUGGACCCUGAUGCUCGCCGCAGCCCAGUCAAGUACACAAUUGAUCGCCACACGGACGUGGACCGGAUCUUUAACGUGCAUGCUGGAAACGGGUCUAUAUUCCUGCAGAAGCCUCUCGACCGAGAGAACCUUGCAUGGCACAACAUCUCUGUGAUUGCAGCAGAGUUCAAUGACCCCCAGCAGACCAGUCGAGUGCCUGUGUAUAUCCGUGUGCUGGAUGUCAACGAUAACGCCCCCAUGCUGGCCUACUUGUACGAUACCUUUGUGUGUGAAAAUGCUAAAUCUGGACAGAAAAUCCAAACCAUAACAGCAGUGGAUCGAGAUGAACCCAAGGCUGGGCACCGGUUCUUUUUCUCUCUGGCACCGGAGAGUUCGAGGGCCAACUUCUCAGUGCGAGACAAUGGAGAUAACACCGCUAGCAUCUUUACCCGCCGAUCAGGCUUCAGACGGUCACAGAAGAGUACCUACCUGGUCUCUGUGGUGAUUUCUGAUGGAGACAUCCCCAUGCAGAGCAGCACAAGCACGCUGACAAUUCGUGUGUGUACAUGCACCCGAGACGGCACCAUGGAGUUGUGUAACGCAGAGGCGCUGAGCGGCUCGGCUGGGCUCAGCACUGGAGCUCUGGUGGCCAUUCUUCUCUGCGUCCUCAUCCUGCUCUUGAUAGUGGUGCUGUUUGCUGCCCUGAAGCGUCAGAAGAAGAAAGAGCCUCUGAUCAUCUCCAAAGAGGACGUGAGGGACAAUGUGGUCAGCUAUAAUGACGAAGGAGGCGGGGAGGAGGACACGCAGGCCUUCGAUAUCGGGGCGCUACGCCACCCAGAGGCCAUGGAAGACAGCAACAAGCUGAGGCGAGACAUCUUGCCCUCAGAGCCGCUGUACCCUCCGCCCCCUCUGCGGCGGGCCACCGCCGCGCCAUCUCGGGACAACGCAGACGUACGGGACUUCAUCAACCAGCGGGUGCAGGAGCAUGACGGCAGCCCAACAGCGCCACCUUACGACUCGCUGGCCACCUACGCCUACGAGGGCAACGGCUCGGUGGCCGAAUCUCUGAGCUCGCUGGGCUCAGCCUCAUCUGAUGGGGUGCAGGACUACAACUACCUCAGCGAGUGGGGGCCCCGAUUCCGCAAAUUAGCUGACAUGUACGGGGGCGAGGAAAGCGACUGGGACUGCUAACAGACACCGCGCCGUCUGGACCCACGCAAACCAGCUGCCUCUGAGGUGAAGUACACAGCUGGAGUUAUUUACGAAGUGCCCUUCUCCUUUCCACCCAGCUCCGUCCAGCAGACAGGCAAAUACCCCAUGGGGCCUGUUUGCUGACUGUUCUCUCUCUGCAAGGCAGAUGCAUUAAGACAGCACAGACGGAGCUGGAAAUGACACGCAAGUCUACGCAGACUUUACUUCUGCAUAUUACUAACUCUUUGGAAGGAAGGUUAUCAAGACGAGGCAUAUUUUCGGAUUAUCCCGGGUUUCUUUUUCGAAAUAUGUUUACGCUUCUUGGCCACAUUGCUUUUCGUAUCGCUGCAAAAUGUACUUUCGGAAAAUGCUCACUAUCUGUUUCAGACUUCCUUCCCGAGAUAAACUGCCAUUUGCAGCGUAUCAGCAGGAGCACUGAGCAUCCGCAUCACUUGAAAAGCUUUUUUUUUUGAAGCCAGCACUGUAUGAACCACAAGCUGGAGAACCAGGACCAAAACCUUCUCACCAACUUCUCCAUGAAUGUGUUUGGAACUAAUGCGAAAGCAACUCUCCACUAGGCUAGCGUGUGAAAGGCAGCUCGUUAUAAAAUGGUAUCUUAACAGGUGUUAGCGAAUGAGAUCACUGUUUAGCUGUUUACCAUCAAACCUGUGUAUAUUUUUUGACUUUUCUUCAUGUAUUACAAACCACAUUAAUCUGUUGCCGCGCUCAAAGCAGACUUAGUGCUUUAGGAAAUUGAGGGGGGAAGUGUUUAAUGAUUGGCACGGGUUUUCAUCAUCCACUGGAAAAAAUGCCAGAAGCUUCCAAUUAUCUACUCUGUCAUAGGCACUAAAUGUGGUUUACUUGGAUUUAUGCUGCAUUUUGGCACACAUUUGCCUGAACUUAGCACUACUCCACAUUUGUAUUUCCUCCCAAGAGAAACAUAUUUACAGUUACCUAAUGACUUGUGCUAAACUAAACAUUCCAUACAUUUACCUCCCAGUGCUUUCACUCUACGAACAUAUGUAUGUGGAAUGUGUCAACAUCAGAUGCAGAAUGUUCAGCCAAAAAAAGGAAAAGAAAAAGUUUACAGACGAAUAUCAGUACAUAUUGUUUCAAUUCAGUUCAUUUACAAAACACAAGGUCAAAAGCUAUAAGCUUUAUUCACACCUCUGCUUUCUAAUAAUAUCAUUUCCCUCCGAUGUUCUGCUUUUAAAAAGAAACUAUCAGCAGCCUUUGUAAGUAAUAAAAAUACAGAUGAUUCAUUCCCACAGUACAUGCUAAUCACAGCAGUCCGAUGUUGAAGUAUGACUAGGAUGUUAAAAUAAAUCAUCGCCUGCUAUUUUGCCCUCUGUGCCAGCCACAAAAUGAGUCUGGAAUUGCAUUCCCCGCCUCAGUUAUCAAGGGGAUGAAAAGAGGUUAUUUUUAAAAUAUACAUAUGAUUGAACUGGGCUCCAAGCAGUAGAAGGGCAGGUAGCAGGUAAAUAUUUGUGUUUUCGGUGCACGCAGCAUACAGAUUUCACAGCCAAUAAUAUUCCCGUGCUUUGUCAGUGAUAUACUGUUUAA